AUGGAAGAUGUUUCUUUGUGUGAGGCUUGGCUCCGAGUCGACUCGUACAGAAAUGACAAAAUUCUCAAUAAAGAGUUGGCAAAAUGGAGAGAUGCCUUGGCAAAAGCGAUGAACAACUAUAGAAGCAGGGAAAAUCGUACUAACGAGAUGUGGUUCGGUGCAACCGGGGGUGGCAAAAAAAGUUUCAACCAUCAUGAAUGUUGGGAGGUAGUGAAAUAUUGUAAACGCUUCAUAAUUAUUCACACGGGUCCCGCCAUUGUGUUAAACGAGACGCCACUCCGUGAUUCAACGACAUUGGAUUCACCUCUAGAUUCCCCUAUGAGUGAAGACUCACCCAUCCAAAAGGAGCCGAGGCCCAUUGGCCGAAAGGCUGCGAAGGCAAAGAAAGAGGGUAAUUCAAGCAAUAAUAAUUCAAAGUUUUUGGAGGAAAUUGCAAGGCAGAACGCCAUAAGAAUUGAAAUGGAGCAGAAACGCCAAGAUAUGGAGGUGGCAAUUCAAGCCGAGUGUGCAUGA